AUGUCUGCCAAAUUCACCCCCGCGAAGCGCGUCGCCGAUCAGAAACAGGAUGUGUGGUCCAUCAUCAACGAGGCUGCUGCUGCGUCUCCCAUCCAGCCGAUCGUGAACAUGGGACAAGGGUUUUUUGGCUACAAUCCUCCCCAGUUCAUCAUCGACGCCGCGAAGAGCGCCCUUGACCGAGUCGAAUGCAAUCAAUACUCCCCCACCAAGGGAAGGCCGCGGUUGAAGAAAGCCAUCGCCGAUGCGUACACUCCGUUCUUUGGCCGCAAGUUGGACCCGGAGACCGAGGUGACCAUCACAACCGGGGCCAAUGAAGGUAUGCUGAGCGCAUUCAUGGGCUUCAUCGAACCGGGCGACGAGGUCAUCAUCUUCGAACCUUUCUUCGACCAGUACAUCAGUAAUAUUGAAAUGCCCGGCGGCGUCAUCAGAUAUGUCCCAAUGCAUCCUCCCCCCGACGGCGCGGAACGAACGUCCUCGGCCGGCAAUUGGACCAUCGACUUUGAAGAACUGGAAAAGGCCUUUAAUGACAAGACGAAGAUGAUUGUGCUCAACUCGCCGCACAACCCUGUGGGCAAGGUUUUCAGCAAGGAAGAAUUGACCCGCAUUGGCGAACUCUGCCUGAAGCACCAAACCAUCAUUCUCUCCGACGAGGUCUACGAUCGGCUAUACUACGUCCCUUUCACUCGGAUAGCCACGCUCUCCCCGGAAUUGGCGCAGAUCACCCUGACCGUGGGGUCGGCGGGCAAAAACUUCUACGCCACAGGCUGGCGGGUGGGAUAUCUGAUCGGGCCUCCCCACCUGAUCAAGUAUGUUGCCGCCGCCCACACGCGGAUUUGCUACUCGAGUGUCUCGCCUCUGCAAGAAGCGGCCGCCAUUGGCUUCGAGCAGGCUGACAAGGUCGGCUUCUGGGACCAAGCCGUCAAGGAGAUGAAGGGGAAGAUGGACCGUUUCUGCCAGGUGUUUGACGAACUCAACAUUCCGUAUUCCAUUCCCGAUGGUGGCUAUUUCGUGCUCGCCAACCUGGCCAAGGUCCAGCUGCCGGACAACUACGCGUUCCCAGAUCAUGUCAAGAACCGGCCGCGCGACUUUCGUAUGGCGUACUUCCUCAUUGUAGAAUUAGGCGUGGCCGCCAUUCCCCCGACGGAAUUCUACACCGAUGAACGGGCACACAUGGCCGAGGAUUGGUUGCGGUUUGCCGUGUGCAAGAACGACGAUGUCCUCGAAGACGCCAAGGAGCGACUGAGAGGGUUGCGGAAGUAUAUGAUUGGGAGUGCAUAA